CCGCGGCCGACGGACCUCGUCGAGGCGCGGCACAAGAUCGCCGCGCGGCCCUUCGCGUUCCCCCUCGGCGGCGACGCGCUGGACCCGGCGACGACGGCGCUCCUAGUCAUCGACCUCCAGCGCGACUUCUGCGACGAGGGCGGCUACAUGUGCGCCAUGGGCUACGACGUCGCGCCGCUCCGCGAGCCGCUGCCCAAGGUCCAGGCGGUGCUCCGCGCGUGCCGCGCCAAGUCGAUCCGCUGCUUCCACACGCGCCAGGGCUACCGGCCAGACCUCGCGGAUCUGUCGGCCUACGCGCGGCGCAAGUUCAAGCGCGCGGGCGUGACCGUGGGUGCCGCGGGCCCCCUAGGGCGCCUCUUCGUCCGCGGCGAGCCGGGCAGCGAGAUCGUCGAGGCCGCGCGGCCCCGCGAGGGCGAGCCCGUGAUCGACAAGACGGCGAACGACGCCUUCAUCGGCACGGACCUGGACCGCCUGCUGCGGUGUGCGGGCGUGCGCCACCUCGUCGUCGUCGGCAACACGCUCGACUGCUGCGUCCACUCGACGCUGCGCCACGCGAACGACCUCGGCCUCUUCCAGCACUACGAGACGCUCCUGCUGUCGGACUGCUGCGGCUGCGUCGACGCGCGGCUCAAGCGGUCCUUCGUCGAGAGCGUCUGUCUCGAGGGCGGGCUCUUCGGCGCCGUGGCGACGUCGGCGCACUUCCUCGACGCGCUCCGGCGCUUGGACGCCGCGCCGCCGCCUCCCAAGGAGACGCCCCCCACCACGCCGCCGUCCGCGCGGAGCAGCCAGAUGGGCAGCCCCAUCGGCAUCGCCACGAAAGCGACGGUCGCCGGGGCGCUCUAG